AUGGUCAUAAGUGAUAUUAGAAUUGUCGGAAUGUAUGCGCAGCAAAAUUUAUAUUAACAUUAUGCUUAGGAACAAUUAACAGUAAGUCAAGUUAUAUAUAUAUAUUUUAUUUUCUUCAAUUAUUUUAACCCUUAGUGUAAUGAGUAGACUACAAAAUUACUAGCGGAAAUUUUACAUUAUGGCAGACUGACGUGCAGCCGUAUGUAUAAAUAUUUUUUUUAAUAUGUGUAACAAAAAUUAUAGCAAGAACAAUAUUUAUUUAAUUUUUAAAAUUGGCUACUUGAUUGUUCUGAGAGAAGUAUAUUACACUUCCACACGAUCAUAUUAAACCACUAUAAGAUGCAUUUUUUUAUUAAUCAAUUUAAAUUGUCUUGCGAAAAUAAUCAGUCGCUUGAUAUUUCGAGCUGUGACGUCACAUUUCAAUAAACAUGAGUACUCGCAACAAAGACGUGGACGUUUAUGUACAUAGUGUAUUUAGUAAAUUAUCAUAAGGCGAUAGGGUGUUGGGUGUUUUUGUUUCUUCAUGAGAUUUAAUAUUUUAAGCGAAAAAUUGGUGUCUGUCAGACUGUCUGCCGACACAACCGAUUUUAGCCGAUACUUUUGGAUCGAUCGAAUUGAAAUCUGGUACUCAGUAAAUUUGGAAAUAAAAAAAUGUUUGAUAUAAAGUUAGGUAAAUUGCUAAUAGGGAUGACGAUUGGGUAAAAAAUAAAUAAUUUUAUUAGUCCGUCUGUCAGAUAAUAGAAAAAUAUUAGAUACGUAUUUUUUUUUUUACUUCAAUUUAUCAAGAAUAGCUUCGAUAACAUACAUUAAAGUUGAGGAAGGGGGGUUUGCUACGUCAGAGUAUUGUAGAAAAUGAACAAAAGCGUCAUGUGACAUUUUAAUUCAAAUGUAUCGCCAUAAUUUAAAGACUACAAAAAAAAAUACGUGUUUAAUAUUUUUCAACUAUCUAUCUGACGGGCAAACAAGCGGAAAUCAGUCGUCAUCCCUAUUCAGCGUGGUUAGUUACAUAAAAGUAUUGAUCAGCGGUGGUUGGCGUCUUCGGGGUCGGAAUGCGCGGCGCUGCUGACCACGUGGUGCGGUAGAGGCGCGGCGCCGGCGGGCGUGCAGCGCGCGCUGUGCGUGGCGCUGCUGGCCCCGCCCCGCGCGCGCCCCGCCCACGUGCCCGCGCUGCACGCCGCGCUGCUCGCCGCGCACCUCACCGCCGCGCAAAUGUUCAGCGCGCUCUCCAAGUUCGAGUUGAGCAAAUGGUCUCAGUCAGUAGACACCAAUACGCGACGUGAGAUGCUGAACUCUCUGACUGCUGCAGCUCAGCGCUGGGGAUUCGCACCCACUGAGGAAUAUUUGCUGCUGGUCGAGUUAUUAGGAGUGCAGAUGUCGACAGUGUGCCACGCGACGGAACUGUGCGUGUUGGCGAGCAUGUGCGCGCGCGCGUGCGUGAGCGCGACGCUGCCGCCCGCUGUGCUACGGCACAUUGUACGGGCUGCUGAGAAAUGUGCCGCGGAAGUGCCCUUUGAUCAGUUAGGUCAUCUGCUUCGUGAGUUGGGUAUAAUUUGGUGGGAAGCGCGAACGAAAGCGACAGAAUCCGACAUAGAACGUUACGAUGCGUACGCGCCUCACACCGCUGGGCUCCUGCUAACGUUGCAUCGAGCGUUCGUCGAGGCUGCGUUCAGCCUUAGUUACACUCCUGAGAAAGGUUAGUAGUUACAUGAUCCGCGUAACGCGAUAAUAAAGUAAAUUUUGCAAGGGCCUGUCAUAGGAUGGGUAACCAAAAAUGUAUUAUCUUGAGCUCGUUAAGCUUGUUAGUUCCGGCUGCAUCUCCUGUCGUAAACACCCACCAAUCUCACUGAGCUCAUUCUCACUGUUAGUUUCGAUUCAUCCAUACCGAAGGCCUGUGCCCAGCAGUGGGAAUAUAGGCUGUUUGAUGAAUAUCUAUAUUGAUGAGACUUUUGUAGUUUUUUGUCAAUGCUUGUGUCCUCAUAAGCAUUACAAGGAUGACGACAGGAGAUGGUUAAAAUAAUUAUCUGUUUGGUUUCAGUCGCCAUGUUGUCGUGGUCGAGUUUACAGGAAGCAUUCGCCGCUUGGAUAUUGCCGGGUGCUCCGCCCUCCCUCCCCCCGUCCCUCCUGCAGCAAUCGCAGUAUACCAAUACUCUACAGGCUGUAUAUCGGUCAUUAAACUAUCUCAUACAUCAAUACCCUGGUGAGUAACUCUGAAAUGAGACAAUACUGAUUAUCCAAGUCUUAAGUCGCGCCAAUAUGUCGACAGGCACCAGCAGGUCAAUUCUAGCUGAAUAUAUAUGUGUGAUGUAGAGAGCACUAAUAAUAUUGGACUUCAGGUAUAGAGUACAAUUGGAAAAUGCAAGUAGUUGAGAUUAUUUUGAG